GAGAGGGGGCGCGCGCGGGUGUGAGCGUGUGUCCGUGUGCGAGUGUGUGUGCGCCGGGCGGGCGGGCACUGCAGCUUCUUCCUUCGUGGAGCGGAGAGCGAGAGAGAGCUAGAGCGAGUGAGAGGGCGGCGAAGGCAGGCAGAGGGGCGCGGGCGAGGCGGCGCGGCCAUCCCCAAGCCCGGCGCCGCGCCGCCACCAUGCUAAACAACCUGACGGACUGCGAGGACGGCGAUGGGGGAGCCAACCCCGGUGAUGGCAACCCCAAGGAGAGCAGUCCCUUCAUCAACAACACCGACACAGAGAAGGGAAAGGAGUACGAAGGCAAGAACAUGGCCCUGUUUGAGGAGGAGAUGGACACCAGCCCCAUGGUGUCCUCCUUGCUCAGUGGCCUGGCCAACUAUACCAACUUGCCCCAGGGAAGUAGGGAGCAUGAAGAGGCAGAAAACAAUGAGGGUGGAAAAAAGAAGCCAGUGCAGGCCCCACGCAUGGGCACCUUCAUGGGCGUGUACCUACCGUGUCUGCAGAAUAUCUUUGGUGUCAUCCUCUUCCUGCGGCUCACUUGGGUGGUGGGCAUCGCAGGCAUCAUGGAGUCCUUCUGCAUGGUCUUCAUCUGCUGCUCCUGUACGAUGCUCACAGCCAUCUCCAUGAGUGCAAUUGCAACCAAUGGUGUUGUACCUGCUGGCGGUUCCUACUACAUGAUUUCCAGGUCUCUGGGCCCAGAGUUCGGGGGCGCCGUGGGCCUCUGCUUCUACCUGGGCACUACCUUUGCUGGGGCCAUGUACAUCCUGGGCACCAUCGAAAUCUUGCUGGCUUACCUCUUCCCAGCUAUGGCCAUUUUUAAGGCAGAAGAUGCCAGCGGAGAGGCAGCAGCCAUGCUGAACAAUAUGCGUGUGUAUGGCACCUGUGUGCUCACCUGCAUGGCCACUGUGGUAUUCGUGGGAGUCAAGUAUGUCAACAAAUUCGCCCUUGUCUUCCUGGGUUGUGUCAUCCUCUCCAUCCUGGCCAUCUAUGCCGGGGUCAUCAAAUCUGCCUUCGACCCACCCAACUUCCCGAUCUGCCUCCUGGGGAACCGCACACUGUCUCGCCAUGGCUUUGAUGUCUGUGCCAAGCUGGCUUGGGAAGGAAAUGAGACAGUGACCACACAGCUCUGGGGCCUUUUCUGCUCCUCCCGCUUCCUCAACGCCACCUGUGAUGAGUACUUCACCCGAAACAAUGUCACAGAGAUCCAGGGCAUUCCUGGCGCUGCCAGUGGCCUCAUCAAAGAGAACCUCUGGAGCUCCUACCUGACCAAGGGGGUGAUUGUGGAGAGGCGUGGGAUGCCCUCAGCAGGCCUGGCAGAUGGCAUCCCCAUUGACAUGGACCAUCCCUAUGUCUUCAGCGAUAUGACAUCCUACUUCACCCUGCUGGUUGGCAUCUACUUCCCCUCAGUCACAGGCAUCAUGGCUGGUUCUAACCGCUCCGGGGACCUGCGGGAUGCCCAGAAGUCAAUUCCCACUGGCACCAUCCUGGCCAUUGCCACCACUUCUGCUGUCUACAUCAGCUCCGUUGUUCUGUUUGGGGCCUGCAUUGAGGGGGUUGUCUUGCGGGACAAGUUUGGUGAAGCCGUGAACGGCAACCUGGUGGUGGGCACACUGGCCUGGCCAUCACCCUGGGUCAUUGUCAUUGGAUCCUUCUUCUCCACCUGUGGGGCUGGGCUGCAGAGCCUCACAGGGGCCCCACGCCUGCUGCAGGCCAUCUCCCGGGAUGGCAUAGUGCCCUUCCUGCAGGUCUUUGGCCAUGGCAAAGCCAACGGAGAGCCAACGUGGGCCUUGCUCCUGACUGCCUGUAUCUGUGAGAUUGGCAUCCUCAUUGCAUCCCUCGACGAGGUCGCCCCCAUCCUCUCUAUGUUCUUCCUGAUGUGUUACAUGUUUGUGAACCUGGCUUGUGCUGUACAGACACUACUGAGGACACCCAACUGGAGACCACGCUUUCGAUAUUACCACUGGACACUCUCUUUCCUGGGCAUGAGCCUCUGCCUGGCCCUCAUGUUCAUCUGCUCCUGGUAUUACGCCCUGGUGGCCAUGCUUAUUGCCGGACUCAUCUACAAAUACAUCGAGUACCGUGGGGCAGAGAAGGAGUGGGGCGAUGGGAUCCGCGGCCUGUCUCUCAGUGCUGCUCGCUAUGCCCUCUUACGCCUGGAGGAGGGGCCCCCGCACACCAAGAACUGGAGGCCACAGCUGCUGGUGCUGGUGCGUGUGGACCAAGACCAGAAUGUGGUGCACCCCCAGCUGCUCUCACUGACCUCCCAGCUCAAGGCAGGGAAGGGCCUGACCAUUGUGGGCUCUGUGCUUGAGGGCACCUUUCUGGACAACCAUCCCCAGGCUCAGCGGGCAGAGGAGUCCAUUCGGCGGCUGAUGGAGGCAGAGAAAGUGAAAGGCUUCUGCCAGGUAGUGAUUUCCUCCAACCUGCGUGAUGGCGUGUCCCAUCUGAUCCAGUCUGGUGGCCUCGGGGGGCUGCAGCACAACACCGUGCUCGUUGGCUGGCCCCGAAAUUGGCGGCAGAAGGAAGACCAUCAGACAUGGAGGAACUUCAUUGAGCUGGUUCGGGAAACCACGGCUGGCCACCUGGCCCUGCUGGUCACCAAGAAUGUUUCCAUGUUUCCUGGGAACCCCGAGCGCUUCUCCGAGGGCAGCAUCGAUGUCUGGUGGAUUGUGCAUGAUGGAGGCAUGCUUAUGCUGCUGCCCUUCCUCCUGCGGCACCACAAAGUCUGGCGGAAAUGCAAGAUGCGCAUCUUCACUGUGGCCCAGAUGGAUGACAACAGCAUCCAGAUGAAGAAGGACCUGACCACAUUUCUGUACCAUUUACGUAUCACUGCAGAGGUGGAGGUGGUAGAGAUGCAUGAGAGCGACAUCUCGGCUUACACCUAUGAGAAGACCUUGGUGAUGGAGCAGCGUUCCCAGAUCCUGAAACAGAUGCAUUUAACCAAGAAUGAGCGGGAGCGGGAGAUCCAGAGUAUCACAGAUGAAUCUCGUGGUUCAAUCCGGAGAAAGAAUCCAGCCAACACUCGGCUCCGCCUCAAUGUCCCAGAAGAGACACCUGGUGACAGUGAGGAGAAGCCAGAGGAGGAGGUGCAGCUGAUCCAUGACCAGAGUGCUCCCAUCUGCCCCAGCAGCUCGCCAUCUCCAGGGGAGGAGCCUGAGGGGGAGGGGGAGGCGGAUCCUGAGAAGGUGCAUCUCACCUGGACCAAGGACAAGUCGGCAGCAGAGAAGAAUAAAGGCCCUAGUCCUGUCUCCUCCGAGGGCAUCAAGGACUUUUUCAGCAUGAAGCCGGAGUGGGAGAACUUGAACCAGUCCAACGUUCGGCGCAUGCACACUGCUGUGCGGCUGAACGAGGUCAUCGUGAAGAAAUCCCGGGAUGCCAAACUUGUUUUACUCAACAUGCCUGGGCCUCCCCGCAAUCGCAACGGUGACGAAAAUUACAUGGAAUUUCUCGAGGUCCUUACCGAGCACCUGGACCGGGUGAUGCUGGUCCGCGGCGGUGGCCGCGAGGUCAUCACCAUCUACUCCUGAGAGCCAGGACCUGUCACCCGGGCUCCAGAGCGCCCGGCCCGCGGCCCUAGAGCCCUCGCCGCGCCCGCCGCCGCUGUCGCCGUUUACAUACAGACCCUGUGCCCGCGCCCUGGCCCAUUUUCCCGCUGUCUGAAGCCCGGAGGCCACGUGCGACGGGGUCGACUCCCGGAGGACCGCCGCCGCGCGGAGAUCAGAGCCCCGAGAGCCCCGUCGGCGGCCCGCUCUGCGGGCUCUGGGUGCGCUGCCCUUUUUCUAAGCCCGGCCUCGCCAUGCAGGAGGAGACGCUGCAAUAAAGGCGGGGAGGAGGCGCGGAGAGGAGAGGAGCUGGGGCUUUGAGGAUCCCCGGGCAGGCCCCUCCCCCCUCUUCCCACGCCCCGCCCGGGCCCUCGCUCUGCACUCCUGCUCCAGCGGCCCGCGGGGUGCGCGGCAGGCAAGCUGCGCUCGGCGGCCUCGCCGCCCCUCCUCGCGCGCUGCGGGGCGCGCACGGGCCGGCCAAGCCUAUACAUAGUGUACAGAGACAUCGAGUGUAUUUUUAUCGUCCCCAUGUUUCUGUGACUAGAAGCGCAACGGACUUCUCUUCUCGCCACUGUCGAGCUUUCCCGAUGGGCGCCUAGGGGAGGCGGAGGCCUCGCGAGGGUGGGUUUUCCUUGACGUCCUGGAAUUUGAGAGCAGAAGCGUUUUAGGCCCAGGCGGGAGUCGUGGCCCUGGUCCCUCGACACCCCCGCCCCGCUCUCGCCACCUCGCCCUCUCCACUUGCCCUUGGCUUCCGACCCUUUCCCUCUAGUUCUUUUCGGAGAUGAGGUGAGACAGGCUUCCUUUUCCUGGAUUCGCCUCCCCGCGGAUGUGAGCUUCCCCUGCGGCUGCAGAGGCGCGCGCCUCCUCUCAUCGGCUCCGGUGCAAGCUGGGGCCAGGGGAGGGGAGGGGUGCUCCUCGAGG